AUGGCCAACAAGCCAACGCGCGACGUGCUGGGGAUUAUCUUCCAGAACUUUUGGAAGUCUUUGCGACCGCGGCAGUUUCGUGGUGAUUAUAUUGGGGAGGACUAUUUUGGCAAUAAAUACUACGAGAUUCCGGCAAAUCCUUCCAUUGGAAAGAGAAAGCCCUCCCGGUGGUUUGAGCCGGCCGACAAGGAAGCCUUCGAUCAAGAGUUAACCGCCGAGUGGGAGGCAUGGCUGCGUGGUCGCCGCAAUGAACCGCCCACACGCGAGGAGCUGGUAAAGAACCUGCAGAUCAUGGAGAUGAAGAAGCGGAAUGCCGCCGAACUGGAGGCUACUUACGCAAAGGGCAAGGACGACAAAGCGCUGCCCAAACAGGUGGAAGGACCCACCAUUGGAACCUUCCCUAAGUACAAGGAGUAUGAGUUUAUUCCGGGCAAGGAGCCACCGGAGAAAUAAUUCUAGUAUUUGUAUUUUUAAACAAUUUAAUGUGUAAAUAUAGUAAAGUGAUCUUAAAUGUUCUACCAA